UGUGGGAUUUCGGUUCGGAUGUGCGCUCGGAACAACCUGUUGGAUUUAAGCAGGAGAAGCGGUCGGUGGUUCUGGGUUCGGAUGUGAUGCUGUAAACACCGGAACCUCGUACAGUUCCUUCAUCACACACAGGCGCCAUGCACGUCUCCCUGGCCGAGGCUCUGCAGGUGAGAGGGGGCCCCCUGCAGGAGGAGGAGGUCUGGGCCGUUUUGAACCAGAGCGCCGAAAGCCUGCAUGAACUCAUGCGCAGAGACCCGUCGGCUCUGAGCUUCAUCAUCUCGCCCUGGUCUCUGCUCCUCAUGCCCUCCGGAAACAUCUCCUUCACCGACGAGAACGUGACCCAGCAGGACCUGAGGGCGUUCACCUCGCCCGAGAUGCUGGAGGGGCUCGACCUGUCCUCGCUGUCCGACAUGGAGAAGAUGCUGGUGUACUCGUUAGGAAUGACUCUGUUUUGGGGAGCCGACUACGAGAUCCCACAAAGCCAGCCCAUAAAGCUGAGCGAGCGCCUGAACAGUAUUCUCCUGAAGAUGUGCGAGGACUCCACCCUGACCCGCCUCUCGGUGCGCUCCGUCCUGGACGUCUGCAGCACCCACAUCCGAAACUCCUCCUGCGACCCCUCGUUCUCCUACGUGCGCAAGCUGGUGCGCCUGGUGCUGGGCAGUCUCUCUCAGCUGGAUGGCUUGCUGUCCCAAUCCGAGAAGGAGUCGCUCCCUGAGAGGAGUAAGGAAAUUCGGGACAGGUUGCACGGUAAAGGUUUGCCUGCAGGUCGCAGUGCAGCUCACCGCGUGCUGGACCGCUAUAAAGCUCGAACUCAGGAUCAGACGGCGCUAAACCGGGGCCUGAGCCGCUCCAUGGGUUCGCUUCCCACCCACGACGGCCUCAGCCCGGGCGAGACCCUCCAUCCGGACCCCCCGCCCUCCAAAACCUCGUCCGACCGCCUCCCUCCGACGUUCGACGGCCAGUCCUCGGACGUGGACGACCGGUCGCUGCCCCAGCACAGGAAGAAGACCUGGGUGUCGUCCGUGGACUUGGCCUACCUGGACCCUGACGCGCUGCGUUUCGGAGCCCUGGAGGACGCCCGGCGGGGCAGCAGCGCCCUCAGCACACGCUCUGCCGGCAGAGCCAAGUCGAGCUCGCGGUCUCGGGGUUCGCAGUACUCCAGUUUCGGGAGUCUGGAGAUGAAGAAGGGUCACGCGGCCGGCGGGGCGUACGAUAAACUUCUGGAGCGACACCGGAAGCUGCACGCGCUCACGCAGGCUAUCGAUGACCCCAUGCAGACACACCGCAGUUACCAGAGCGACUACAGCUCGUCCAGCGAGAGUCCGUCGGUCACCUCGUCAGAUCCAGAUUACAGACACGCUAAACGACCCGACGAGUUGAGACUCUUCAGUUCACAAGUGGCUCUGUCAGAGAACAGCAGCGGCACACAGAGAUACAGGAUGUACGAGGCGGGGCAGGAGGCGUUUAAGACGGAGCUGGUGAUGCCCAGGCCGGAGGACGAGGCGCGGAGGCUUCAGGCCCGGCUCUCACGCGCUUCCGUCAACGACCUGCGGGAGGCGCUGAGGAGCAGCAUGAUGGACGUCAGCGGCCUGCAGGUCCGCAAGACUAAAAGCUUCUUCGGCCCAGAGUUUGUGAAGAUGGCCGCUGAACCGGGCGUGGUCCUGAGCGUCCCUGCCUCCAUCACGAAUAAACGUGGCAAGGACGAGCACAGCCCGCGGAAGGUGUACGUGGUGCUGCUGAACGGUCAGAAGCUGAAGGUGACCUGUGAUGUCAAAGCUCUGAGUAAGGACGUGAUGGACAUGGUGAUCGCUCACGUCGGCCUGGUGGAGCAUCACCUCUUCAGCCUGGCGCAACUCAAAGAUAACGAGUUUUUCUUCGUCGAUUCCGACACCAAACUCUUGAAAGUGGCUCCGGACGGAUGGAAGGACGAUCCCAGGAAGAAGAAAACCGACGUCAACUUCACUUUAUUCCUGCGGAUCAAGUUCUUCCUGGACGACGUGAAUUUCCUCCAACACCCCAUGACGAAGCAUCAGUACUACUUACAGCUGCGGAAGGAUAUCCUGGAGGAGCGGACGCGCUGUGAGAUGGAGAACGCCAUGCUCAUGGCCUCUCUGGCUCUCCAGGCCGAGUUCGGGGACUACCAGCCCGAGCUGCACGGGAAGACGUAUUUCCGGACGGAGCACUACGUUCCCGCCAACGUGCUGGAGAAACUGGACCAGACCUCCAUCAAAGAGGAGCUCACCAAACAGCACAGCACCUACUACGGGAUCAAAGAGGAGGAAGCCGAGUUCCAGUUCCUUAGGGAGGGUCAGCGGCUGAUGGAGUACGGCGUUCAUUUCCACCGCGUUCUACCGGAGAAGAAAUCCCAGACGGGCAUCCUGAUGGGCGUCUACUCCAAGGGCGUCCUGAUCUUCGAGAUGCUGAACGGGAACCGAACCCCCGUCCUCAGGUUCCCCUGGAGAGAGACCAAGAAGAUCUCCUUCACGAAAAAGAAGAUCUGCCUGCAGAACACGUCCGACGGGAUCAAGCACCUCUUCCAGACCGACAGUCAGAAGUCGUGUCAGUACCUCCUGCGCCUCUGCUCGGACCAGCACAAGUUCCACCAGCACAUGAAGACGCGCCAGAACACCCAGGAGCAGCAGGAGAUCGAAAACUCUCCCCUGAACAUCCUGCAGUACCCCGUCGGCCCCGAAGGCCUCAGCAGGGCCAUCAGCAUGGCGAGCCUGGCGGCGAGCGCCACCACCAGCACCCGUUCCAACCCGGAGAGCCUGAGGAGGAUCCCCAGCCCAGAGGAGGGCGCCUUCCCCGGCCUCAGCGCCGCCUCCAACUCCAGGCUGAAGAGCCGCUCGCAUCACAACCUGGCCCAGGUCCCGGAGUCCCCGGAGCACAGGGUGGGGCACUACAUCAGCCAUCUGCAGGGCGAGCGCUCGCAGGCGUUCCUGUCGCCGCAUCAGCGCGCCGGCUCCGACACGGACUCCAUCGCCGUGGACGCGCAGCCCGAGAGCGGGUUCAGCUCCGCCGGCCAAGACGUUCGGACCUGGAGCCCGAAGAGCCGAGAGAAGGAUUCAGACUCGUCGUCCGGUGAGGAGGAAGGACCGCCGUAUGUCGUAGGUGUUAGCAUGCAUAGCUCUGGUUUACCCUCGACCCCCGUCUCAUCCACAGGAAUGAGCGAUUCUCUCAAAAGGAAGCUGGACCUGCUGCCGUCCCCGGAGCACCAGAUUAAAACCGUUAGUCUGAAGAAAGAUGCAAAGUUCGGCCUGGGUUUUCAGAUCAGUGGAGGAGAAAGCGCCGGCCGGACGGAUCUGGGCACCAUCAUCAGUUCCAUCACUCCUGGAGGACCCGCCGACGUCGACGGACACCUAAAACCAGGUGACCGGUUACUGAGGGUGAAUAACGUCAGCGUGGAGGGUCUAUCUCACGAGGAGACGGUGGAGACCCUGCAGACGGCUCCCGACCACGUGACUCUGACGGUGUCGCAGUCCAAAGAACAACUCUUCCCAGAUCUCUCCAACCUCGACGAAAAGCUGAGACCGGAACUCAACGUGGACCUUCCCGCCGAGGAUCAGACCCCUGCCACGCCCACACAAACCAACGGCCUCCACACGCUGGACUCCACCCCUCCCGCGCUGCCUCCCAAAACAUGGAAGGCCAAAAGCCCCGAACCGGCCAAAGAGAGGUCGGACCGGGGCGACUCGGACAUGGACGAGGACUCGAGUGUGCAGGACAGACUGCGGUCCAAAAAGGACGCCCCGCCCGUCUCGGUCCCAAACGGACUGACCGCUGGCGGCCCAGAGGUCAAUAGUCUCCGACCCGGAGAUCUAUUUGACGUCGAGCUGUCCAAAUCGGACAGCGGUCUGGGCAUUAGUGUCACGGGUGGAUCCAACACCUCGCUGAAGCACGGCGGCGUUUACGUCAAGGGCGUCAUACCUAAAGGAGCGGCCGAGCUGGACGGCAGGAUCAAGAAAGGAGACCGUGUGGUGGCGGUAAACGGGAAGAGUCUGGAAGGAGCCACUCAUAAACAAGCCGUGGAGGCUCUGAGAGACACCGGGCAGGUGGUGCAUCUGCUGUUGGAGAAGGGGCCGCUCCCAGUGGACAGCGUUCACGCCCCGGUCACCCCUCAGGUCACAUGGACCAGCAGGGACGCCAAAGGGAAUCCGAAGAGACCGCGGCCCGAGUACGGCUUCAUCACGGCAGACAACGUGUUUGAUGUGAGCCUGCUGAAGAACACCUCGGGUCUGGGCUUCAGCUUCAGCCGGGAGGAGAACGUCCCCGGCGAGCCGCCCGGCGCCGGCACCAGCAUGGUCCGGGUCAAGAAGCUGUUCCCCGGUCAGCCGGCGGCCGAGAGCGGUCGGAUCCGCGUGGGCGACGUCAUCCUGCGCGUCAACCAGACGCCGCUCAAGGGGCUCACGCAACACGAAGUGAUCUCAGCUUUAAGAGGGACGGGACAGGAAGUGACGCUUCAUCUGUGCAGACCUGAACCUGGAAUCCUACCUGAUAUGGACUCAUCUAACCAAACCCCGGUGUCGACCCCCAGGAAGGAGCCUCCUCCCAAACCCAAGCUCGCCCCCAAACCGGCAUCGGCGCCCCAGGAGGACGCUCAGGGGGCGGCGGGCGAGGCGGAGCAGGCGCUGGAGAGGCUGCUGAUGAAGUCGCCGACCCGCCGGGACAGCUACAGCGACACCUCUGAGGAGGACGAGGAGGACGAGGAGGGUUUCAGUCCCGCCGGGUUAGAGCAGCUCAGACAGAUCCGGGAGCAGAACAAGGUGCCCUGGCAGCUGGACCACACGGUUCACUCGGGGUACCACGGCACCAACCAGUCGGCCGACGAGCCAGAAACCAACAAGAGACCUCCUCCAUCGUCUCUACCAGAAGGUGGCGUCCUAACGGCCCCCACACUCCCGACUCCCCUCAACCUCACUCUACCACAUCGGAGCCAGGACUCGGACGACUACCUGCCUGAGGUGGAGUUGCCGGUCUCUUUGAUCAAAUCUGAUAAAGGAAGUUUGGGAUUCACGCUGACCAAAGGACCCGAUCAGAACUGCUACAUCCACGACAUCAUCCAGGACCCGGCCAAGGGCGACGGCAGACUCCGGCCCGGCGAUCGCAUGAUAAUGGUGAAUAACAUCGACGUCUCCGGUAUGAGCCACACGGAGGUGGUGAACCUGGUCCGAGCUGCACCACGAGUGGUGGAUCUGGUCGUGGGUCGCGUCAUAGAACCCCCUAGACCGCCGAUCGAGGCCCAUCUUCUACCCGACAUCACCUUUCAGUGCCCCGACGACUCACUGGGUCUGGUGCUGGAUGGAGGCAGGGACAGUGAGUUUGGCGUCCUCUACGUGAAGGACAUCGUCCCAGGUUCCGUAGCCGCCGCCGAGGGGACGCUGAAGAAACUGGAUCUGAUUCACUACAUUAACGGAGCUCCGACCAACCAGCUGACGCUCGGCGAGAGUCGGACGCUGCUGCAGCUCGGCCUCCGGGAACUGACGCUCAAAGCUACCAGGGAUGGGCAGCCCGUGUGUCCGGAACAGGAGAACAUCCCGACCAUAAACAACAACGUCAGCUCGAAACUCAGAAGCUCCCCCGGUAUGAACGGUUAUCUUCCCAAUAGUGAGCCUCGUGAGGAGCAGAUGCUCCAGCUGCAGUUGGAGAAGCCUCCCGAGGGCAGCCUGGGCUUCUCUGUGAUCGGAGGGGAACGAGGUAUUUUCGUGAAGUCCGUCACUCCUGGAGGCGCGGCACACGCCGACGGUACGCUGCAUGUCGGGGACCGUCUGCUCAGAGUAAACAACGAGUCGAUGACCGGGGUAUCCCACUCCAAAGCCGUCACCACCAUCCGAAAGACCAGGGGGACCGUUCACCUCGUGGUGUCUCGCCCUCCCGAUCAGACACCCAGCACCUACCUGGGGUUCCUGCCUCUGAACUUAAGCAACGGCAACACGGGUACAGACGUGAGCGAGGACGGCGGAGUGAAGACCAGGCUGAGCAGUUCACCAGAGACACCGAAAUCCCAGAGUCCUCCUGCUCUUCCACCAAUCGAUUACGACCCAGCGUCUCUGGAGAGCGAGAACAGACCCGAUGAUGAAGAAUCUGAAGAUACAGACUGUGAUGGUUCUUCUCUACCAGAAGAUUCACCAGAGACGUCCAGAGAGGCCGAGUGGAAGGAGGACAACGUGGACACCUCGCCCUCUGACAGUUACCUGCGUUCGUCUCCGGGGCGGCCGGACGAGGACGAGAUCACGUGGGGCAGCGACGAGCUCCCGGAGAAUAACAUCGACUCCAGAUUCACACAAGACGGGCCGAUCAUCACAGACGAGGAGCUGACGUCCCUGCCGCUGGUGAAGGUGGUACCCGACGGGCAGUACAGCGGCUCGAAGCUCAACUCCGUGGUGAGGAUGAUGAGAGGACUGCUGGAGCAGAAGGUUCCCCUGCAGGAGUUUGAGAAUCUGCAGAAUUUACAGCCUCUGGACGACUGUCUGAUCGGACAGACGCAGGAGAACAAGAAGAAGAAUCGAUAUAAAAACAUCGUGCCCUUCGACACGACAAGAGUGACUCUGGGCAAAGACGGCGGUUACAUCAACGCCAACUUCAUCAAGAUGCCCGUCAAGGACGAGAACUUCCUGUACAUCGCCUGCCAGGGGCCGCUCCCCACCACGCUGGCGGACUUCUGGCAGAUGGUGUGGGAGCAGAAGUCCGACGUGAUCGCCAUGAUGACCCAGGAGGUGGAGGGCGGCAAGGUCAAGUGCCAGCGCUACUGGCCGGACACGCCCCUCUCGCCUCAGAUGGUGGGCGAGAGGCUGCAGAUCACCCUGGUCAAAGAUCAGCACCUGGACAACUUUAUCAUCCGCCUCUUCGAGAUGAAGGACGUCCAGACGAAUGAAAUCCAGAGGGUGACGCACCUGAACUACACGGGCUGGCCCGACCACGGCACGCCCACGCAGCCCGAGCAGCUGCUCACCUUCAUCUCCUACAUGAGACACAUCCACCAAUCAGGACCCAUCGUCACUCACUGCAGCGCCGGGAUUGGCCGAUCAGGAACGCUCAUCUGCGUGGACGUCGUCCUCGGCCUCAUCAGCAAGGACACAGAUUUUGAUAUAUCAGAUGUGGUCCGAAGUAUGAGACUCCAACGACAAGGCAUGGUGCAAACUGAGGAACAGUAUAUUUUCUGCUACCAGGUGAUCCUGUACGUGCUCAGAUGUCUGCAGGCGGAGGAGAAAAUAUCAGGAUAGGAACGUUGCUGCUUUCAGUCGACACCGUGAUGCCAGAAACCAGAGAAACACCAACAAGACCUUAUUUUAAAACUCACGGAUCUAAACGACGCCUUAAAUCUUAUAGACUUUUUAUAUUUUGUACAUUCCUGUCUCUUACAUUCCCUUCAUAAAUGAAACCAUCGAUUUUAUAAUUGAUCUUUCUGCUGCUUUUUUUAAUUGAUACUUUUAAUGAUUCCGAGAGCGAAUCGAUUCCUGUUUUUAAUGUGCAUUUUAAAGCUGCCUCGACAGAAUACGACUACAGUAUUUACUUUGUAAAUCUUUUAUCGGUCACUGAGUACCAGUGCUGAUCGCUGAGAUGAACGUGUACAUAUUCAGCACCUGAUCACUGUUGAUAUGUUUUAAUGCUGUUACAUACUGGAUUAUUUGCAGUUUGUAAAUAAAAGAUUAUCGUUGCUUUAA